UAUUUUCCACUACUAAAUUAUUACAAUUAUAGGCAAGUCCAAUAGAGUGAAUUCCCUCCAAUUGGAAUUCAAAACCACAACGGUCAUGACAGCUGGACCCCACACCCACAUCCCCACAACGGUCAGUUUCAAAUUUUGAAACGUCCCCAAUUUUUUUAAAAACCGACUUAAAAAUUUGUCCUUUUUAUACCCUAAAAAAACCCUAGCUGCUCAAUCAUAUUUUCUCUUGUAAAAAAAAGUAACCGAAAAACCUAAAACAGAAGAAAAAGCAAAACCUAAAACCAGAGAAGAGAAAUGAGAGAGUGCAUCUCGAUCCACAUUGGUCAGGCCGGAAUCCAAGUCGGUAACUCCUGUUGGGAGCUCUAUUGCCUUGAACAUGGCAUUCAGCCCGAUGGUCAAAUGCCCAGUGACAAGACCGUUGGAGGUGGAGACGAUGCCUUCAACACGUUUUUCAGUGAAACCGGCGCCGGAAAGCAUGUUCCCCGUGCUGUGUUUUUGGAUCUAGAACCGACGGUCAUCGAUGAAGUGAGGACCGGUACUUACCGCCAGCUUUUCCAUCCCGAACAGCUUAUUAGCGGGAAGGAAGACGCAGCUAAUAACUUCGCUAGAGGCCAUUACACAAUUGGGAAAGAGAUUGUAGAUCUAUGCCUUGAUAGAAUCCGAAAGCUUGCUGAUAACUGUACUGGGCUUCAAGGGUUUCUGGUUUUUCAUGCUGUUGGCGGUGGAACUGGAUCUGGUCUUGGAUCUCUACUUCUUGAGAGACUCUCUGUUGAUUAUGGAAAAAAAUCUAAACUUGGGUUUACGGUUUACCCAUCUCCACAGGUUUCCACCUCUGUGGUUGAACCUUACAACAGUGUUUUGUCUACUCACUCUCUUUUGGAACACACAGAUGUGUCUGUUCUUCUUGAUAAUGAGGCUAUCUACGACAUUUGCAGAAAAUCACUUGAUAUUGAACGACCCACUUACACUAACCUUAACAGGCUUGUAUCUCAGGUUAUUUCUUCACUCACUGCUUCUCUUCGAUUCGAUGGAGCUCUUAAUGUGGAUGUGACUGAGUUUCAAACUAAUCUUGUCCCUUACCCUAGAAUCCAUUUCAUGCUUUCGUCAUAUGCGCCUGUGAUUUCUGCAGAGAAAGCUUACCACGAGCAACUUUCGGUGUCUGAAAUCACAAACAGCGCUUUUGAACCAUCUUCAAUGAUGGCCAAAUGUGAUCCUCGACAUGGAAAGUACAUGGCUUGUUGUUUGAUGUACAGGGGAGAUGUUGUACCAAAGGAUGUGAACGCAGCAGUUGCCACCAUCAAGACCAAGAGGACUAUUCAGUUCGUUGAUUGGUGCCCAACUGGGUUCAAGUGCGGUAUCAACUACCAACCACCCACAGUCGUUCCAGGAGGUGACUUGGCUAAGGUUCAAAGGGCUGUUUGUAUGAUUUCAAACUCCACAAGUGUUGCAGAGGUGUUCUCUAGGAUUGACCAUAAGUUUGACUUGAUGUACGCAAAGAGAGCUUUUGUGCAUUGGUAUGUCGGUGAAGGUAUGGAGGAGGGUGAGUUUUCUGAAGCGAGAGAAGACUUGGCUGCCCUUGAGAAGGACUAUGAGGAAGUUGGGGCAGAAUCUGCCGAAGGUGACGAUGAUGAUGAGGGAGAGGAGUACUAAGAAAAAGCUUUCAUUAAUAUAAGUAUGUGUUCUGCCAAUGGACUCAUUGGUCUGUAACUGAGAUUACAAACAUCUACUAUCCUUGUUUUUUAAUUUGAUGUUAAUUACAUUUUGUUCUUUGGUUGUUGAAGUAUAACAAUUGUUCAUUUUGCUUAAAAAAAUUCCAAAUUUUUCAUAUGUUGAAACUGAACAUAUGGAUCAA